UCGCCGUGAUGAUAGACCUGAGCUCAAAUUUACUAAUUUCGCUUGUCUCAAUAUUAUCCAACGCCUCCCCUGUCUCCUUCGCCCUCUACGAAUUCAUUUUGGCCAAUGACGAGGUUUUCGACAACUGUCCCCAAAUACCGGGCAAUCGGGGAAUACACGAUCUCUUUGAUAUGGCAAAUGUGACAUUGGUUUACAGUGAAGGUCGUGUUACCAUCGGUGGCAGUGGUGUCUGUAACUGGGAGGGCAUGCAACCCAACGAUCGCAUACGUAGCAGAGCCGAAUUGUUGAAAUAUCAUCGCGGAACUUGGCAGCCAACACCAUUAUCGUCGGCCACGAAUAAUUUUUGUGAAACAUUGUUUGAUCCAACAUCGCUGACCUAUCAUAUGUGGGGUCGUCACAUUGUUGAAAGCGAACGCAAAUGUGUUAGCAACUAUGGGGCGCCAACCGGAUUCUAA